AUGACAUUCAUUGUCGACCACCACGCAAACUUGAGGGUCGACACUGUCGAGUCUGAAAGCCACACUCAUCAUAUACUCCUCGAGGUCACGUACCCGAAACCCUCGGCUCAGCCUCUCCGCGAGCUGGAUAUUCCGCUCGACAAGGCCGAGCAUACUUCCCCCAAGCAAGCCAACUCUCGUAAUCCUCCAGAUCAGAACAACCACAGUUCAACAGAGAACAUCCAGCACAGCGACUCAGUCGCCAUCUCCGAGCAGAGCCUCAAGAGAAACUUAUACUACUCCUGGUUGAGCGACCGCGUGCCGGAGCGGACAGACCCCUUCGGUUUCUCAUCGGCGGGAUGUAGUCGCGCCGCGAGCAGAGAACCGAGUCCAUCCCCGCCGCUACCGUCCGCGAACUACGAGGUCGCAAGGAGAAACAGUAUACACGGGAAGAAGACAGGGGGCGCGAAGACGGAAAGUAGGAAGUGCUCGACGCAGAAUAUCGCUAUCAUUAGAACCAAAGAAUGGGAAUUUGGCAUGACGUUAGCACCCUGA